AUGGACGCGUCCUGCCUCCCAACGGAGGCGGCGACGGGCGCCGACCGCGAUUCGGACCCUCCAAACCUGGGACAGGUAAGAACAGAAGAGGAACUAUACGUGGAAUCCUUUCUAAAGGUUUCACUUUUGCUGGCCAACCAGGAGUUGAUCAAGGUUCAACUUCAUGGCUAUAAGAUGCUUCAGCAUCUCCUGAAAUACAGGAGUGAAAAACUUAGCAGCACUGAUCUUCUAAAGUUGAUGUUACAGCUGGUUAAAUCCGAUCAUGAUUUAGUUUUAGAGAGUACUGACAGUAGAAGCAGCAUGUCAGAUAAAAGAUCCCAGAACAGUGAUUGGAGUGCGGCACCCACGGGAAUCAAUGACACAAUUUCUUCUCACCAAGGAAUGGACUGUCCUAUCCUUGCAGAGCAUAAUUUAUUAUGCGAGGCAUUUAUUAUUGCAACGUCUUGUCUAGGGAUUCAGCAAUACAUGGGUAUGCUUCUAUGUCUACUUAAUUCUCUCAACAGAAUAUGGAUCCAGAUGGAGUGGAAUCGUAAAUAUGUGCGUACCAUGUCUGGAUUGAGCAAUCUAUUUUCUGAUGGUCAAUUUUUGAAGAUGUCUUAUCACGUUGUGAAAUUCUGUGAGGAAAAGCUUAUGAAUGGAAUAAACGAGUAUGGUGCUUGUGGUGUGUUCUCCAUAGCUCUUUUGGAAUUAAUCAUUCCUCUAUUCUUGCGGCUGCUCCGUUGUAUACAUGUACUUUGGAUGGCGGAAAUUGGUGUUGACUUGUUGCCUGCAGAAGUUGAAAAGGCUAAAACCUUGAGCUGUAUGGAGCUUGAUCAUUUGCUUGAAAUUUCUGAUGGGCUGUAUACUAUUGACAGUGAGGGAUGGUUCCGUGAGAAUGAGACAAGGGCACUGUUAGAGGGAACUCGACAGAGGGUGUAA